AUGAAGUACACAUAAACAUGAAUACCGUCUAUACUUGUGAUCAAAUCACCUGAGAUUUAAAUGUCUAGUGUCCUUUUCAUAAAUCAAGCUUACUAUAUGGUCAAAUACACAGUAUCACACACACAUCUGUCCAACAGCUUUGUCUGUUUUGUGUGUGUGAUUUCACACAGUUUGUCAUGUGCCAUAACAGUAUAUGUCUGUUUACGCUUCUGAAGCAAGAUUUACACUGUCAUUUCCAGCAAACACACGGUAGUGUAUGUCUGUGCAGGUCUUUGUCUUCAUCUACAUGUUCUGUGGAGAGGUGAGUUUGAUCAGCACUUGAUUUGGAAAUGUGGAAUUUCCACUUAUUGAUGAGGAAGCUUUGUUUGCAUGGGAUUAGGGUUUCCCCCAUAACCUGACCAUAAAACAGACACACGGAGGACUGUCAACUGCUUAUCCAUGUGCUUUUGUCUGUACUUCUGUCAGCAAAGCGCUUCAAAUUUAAUAUAAUCGUUCAUCACCAUCAUCAUGAUCAUCCAUAGGCAGCGUCUCUUUGAUUUUGGCACAUACAUUGUCAUACUUUCCAUGAGAUCAUUCUUUAACUCUGCACUGGCUCUGAAAGGUAGUUGUGAGGUUGUGGGUCCAGAGAUCCCGGAAUAUCAAGUUCAAGGCGAGGCGGUUAUCAUCAGAUUCCCAUUUCUUGAAGAUGCAAUUAAUUACAGGAAUUUACAAGUGGACCACAGCUCAACAUUCCACAUUGAUCACACCAACCUGAGGAACCAGAGCAGUCUGAAGAGCUGCCGGGAUCGGGUGAAGCAGAGCGGGCGCGGCGUCCAGCUCCUUCCAUCUCAUCCGUCAGACUCCGGGACAUUCACCUACACUUUGAGGAGCAACACUUUCUGUCUCACUGGGAGUAUUUCUGUAACGAUUUACGAGGCAGAGGAGCCAAACGUGAUGAUGACCUACAACGCACAUGUAGGAGAAGAUACAAAAAUUAAUUGUCCCCAUUUGAGAUAUUUCACAAGGAAAGAAAAUCUUAUGUGGUACAAGGAUUUUCAGAGCACAGCGCUCCCUGUUGGCAGAGGACAGUAUACAAUAGAGAGUGGCAUAAUUCUGUCCAUCAGAAACAUGUCUGUGAAAGAUCAGGGCUUCUACACCUGUAGGCUAAAUGUGAUAUUCAACAAUACCCGAUACAACGUGAGCAGGACCUGGAGAGUUCAAGUGUCAGCCCCAGAAUCAGAAAGUGCCGCACCAGAAGUUGUCACCUCUAACAAUCUCAAUGCUUUCACAUCAUCAAGUUAUUCAUUCCCCUAUAUUGUGUUUCCUGUGAACGGAUCCUUCAUUGAAAGUCAUGUUGGCUCACGUUUGGAGAUCAGCUGCACGGUGUCUGUGGGAAGGCAGUCAGCUCAGUCCACGGAUGUGACAUGGCUGGUUAAUGGCCAUCCCGUGGAAAACUCUCACCUGGGGGGACGUGCAUUUCAGACAGAUAAAAGGUAACAUUCAUGUCUGCAGAGAUCCACUUGGAAAUUGUGUCAGGAAUGAACUCAAGCACAGGGUGAGAGGAAAAAUGUAGUUUAUUGGAAAAAAGGACGGAUUCAAAUGAAGAUGACAGCAAACAGUCCAGAGCACAUGAG